AUGGGACAACACGCGAGUGUUCAUCGGAAGCAGGCUUCUCCGCGGAAGCCGAAAAUUCGUCGUCGAUCAAGCUUAAGGUCGGCGACGAGUUCAAUGCGGCUAUCGUUCGCCGCGAAGAAAAAGGCGAAAAAAUCCGAAGCCGUUUUACAUCACAGCGAGAGCAUAGCUACGAUUGACAAAAUGGACAUCAAUGUGGCUUCUGAGGAAGAGUUGAUGACAUUAUCGGGAAUCGAUAGGAGUCUAGCCAAGAAUAUUGUCAAUUAUCGAAACUUAAUUGGUGGAUUUCGGAGGAUUGAAGAUUUGGCGUUAGUUUCAGGCCUUGGGGCGACUAAACUCGAUGGUAUUCAAGAUGAGCUGUGCAUAGGAAAAGGAGCUGUUUAUUCCAGAUCAUCUAACGUCGAAGAUAAUUCGGAUCACAAGUGCAGCAGUUCAAGUAGUGGAAUGGAAUUUCUUGCACCACCAGUCUGCCUGGUUGACCUCAACACUGCGACGAUUUUCGAACUCAUGACCGUCAGUGGCCUUAAUCAGGAGUUAGCAGCGAACAUUGUUUGUCACCGGGACAAGAAGGGUCCUUUCAUGAGGGUUGAGGAUGUGAGGAAAGUGAAGGGAGUAAGUCGGCGUCGCAUGGCUUUGCUUAAGACUUAUCUCACUGUGGACGAAACCACUGCUGGCUUUCCCGCUACAAAUAUCACGGUUACAGGCUGCAGAAGCACGCAAACCACACCCCGCUCGGUACCUCGACGAACCAGUCCUAAGCUUCCGAAAUUCGCAACGCAUCGUCGGACGAAGUCAGCCCCUACGAAAUUGUCAGAAAUGAUGCACUUGACCUCGCUUACCGGAAAAAAUGCCUUAUUCAUGGAUUCGUCAUCGAAUCAUCAUGCUCCUUGGCAGUCCGUUGACAACUCAUCGUCCCCUUUGGAGAUUACGCAGCAGAUGUAUGAAAUAAUGAGCGCCAAGUCGUGGUCGAGGCCCAUUAUGGAAGAAGUUUUCUUGGACAUGCGAAAGGGCCAAUCUGCAUUUCGUCUUGCGACGUGGAAUCUAAAGGGUUUUACCUCGGAAAAAGCCGAAAAUCCUGGUGUACGGGAAGUAAUUUGUAGAACUGUUUUGGAAAAUGGGUUGUCUCUCAUAGCUGUUCAGGAGGUUAGCUCUUUGGCAGUCAUGGAAAAGCUGUGCCAAGAAUUGAAUGCACCGACGUUGAAAAAAGUGAUCGAUUGGGAUGGACCUCGUGGGGAUUGGAGAUGUUGGGUGGAUUCACCGGAGGCUGGGUUGGAGGAAUCCGAUUGGGCUCAACGAGCCGAUUUGGACGAUUCCAGACGCCGAUCAAGUCAUGGGCUGUUGGAUCAAGUUUGUUCUAGUGUACUCGAUUGCCGAUUGGCUGUGGGAAAUUUUGAGCUGGAGGGAUUGGGAAUGACGUUGGUAACUGUUCGCUUACGUCCGUGGGCUGCGAUGAAGCGUCCGUCUCCUCUUCCAAUACUGGAGAAUCGUCGGUCUCCAUCCCGGAAAACUUCCGUUUUUACGCGCCAAUCCUCGCCGAGUAGCGAUGAGGAGGAAAAAUCCGCUUCACCGAGCAACUUACUUACCCCGUUAAGUCCCGUUGCGCAACUAAAAGGAAAGCUUUAUCGAGCUUUUUCGACGGGGUCGCAAAGCAUCGCUGACGUAGAUUUGUCACAAACCCGAGCAGCUGUUGGGUGCGUUAAAGAGUUGCUGAAGACUCAGGUUGAUAUGGAUUCGUUGAUAAUUCUUGGCGACACGGGUGUUCCGUUGAGUGAUGCAGUUUUCGACGAUGUGCAAGAAUUGGCGCUCACGUCUAUAGUUGGAACGAAUACGUGUACAACUGCUAGCGGACGGUGUGUGUCCAAGGACGAAUCAAGGUGCUACGACAAUAUAUGCUUUUCGGACACUAUGAAGAAAUUUUUUACAGGUCAUUGGAGCAUUGUGAGACAAGGCUUGGACCAUUUAGCCAUACCUAGAGGAUGGGGAUGGGGUGGAAUUGUUAGCUCGCAUUGUCCAGUUUGGGCGGAAUUAUAUACCAGCGUGACUAGUGAUAUUUGCAGCGCUGGGGACAGCAGUGCUUUACCCUACGAACUGGCGUCCAAUUUGGAAGUGAUGUGUAACGAUGCUGGGAUCGAGACCACAUCGCUCGUUCCGAACGGUAUUAACGGUGUCGGAAAGAAAUCGGGAAUGUUUUCUGUCUGAUCCGAUCGAAAGCGAAAAUAUUUUGCGAAAGCUUUAUUCGUGCAUCAUUAGGUUUUAGCAUUCCUCCCAGUCGACAGGAGAGACAUAUCUGUGAAACUCGAUAGAAAGCAAAUACCUGUACGCGAAUUUUAUCUCAAGAUUUGUUUUCCAGUGCUCUUAAAACUAUUGGAUUUUGUCCAUUGACAUGAUCACACGUGUGCUGUUGCACUUCAAAACCGGAUCGAGGUAAGCUAAGGUAAAUAGGUUUUCUCGAUGCGUCUGAAAUUUGCAUUUUACAACAUCCAGAAAAUUCUGGAGGAUCAUCGAACGAACUAAAAAAUUGCAUAUUUUCAGUUGUCUAUUUGUUGCGGUACUGUGACUCUUGGCAGUUGAGGAAUUUGUGGUACAAUAUAGGUGAAGAAUGUCUUUUUCCAAAAAUAAUUUUUUGAGGUAUGUUCCUGAGAGCAGCUGAACAAAUUUUUCUAAGUGGCCAUUUUUCGGUUCAAAUUGUCCGGUUAUCACAGGUAGUUUUUGUUUUGGGUUUGCGCCAAACUGACUGUCUGUUUAUUUUUUCGCAGUUUUUUUUUUCAUAUGAUGAUCGUUACGAUGAUUUGAUUUCUUUCAACAUGUUCUUGCCGUUUUCGGCCGCCGUAAAAUAGGGUGUUCAUUAGGGGAGAAAAUUUGUGAGGAUGUGUAAGCGAGCUUUUACUGUUGCGGUGACCCGAUAGCUACGGAUAUCAAAGAGUGUGCGUCAAGUACCUGAAGUAAUUUCCCGAACGUGAAAAGCAUUCGUUACGACCUCGUUUUACCUGUGCCUGUUGCAAUAUCUGUUACCGCAAGCAUUUCACGCGUACUAUUUUUUAGCAGCGAAGUUAGAAGAGGCGGACAAUCACGAGCUUGAACUGGUAGGUAUACGACGCCUGUGAUGGUGCAGCUCACGUUUUUGUAUACCCCUCUUGGAAAGAGCGAAAAGGUUGUCCGGAACAGUGAUAAUGUCCGAAUGUCGUUCAUUUUCUUAUUGUGAUAUGCUGUUUGUUGGAUACCCUUUCGGAGAAUUCGCCAUUGUAUUGAAUCGCUCUCAGUGGCUUGGGAUAUUGUGCUUAUUUUGAAGGAAGAAAGUUUGGAGGCGUUGGGGACAAUUCAGUGUUCUGUUUCACAUUGAAAGGGACGAAGAUAAAGUAUAUCAAACGUUUA